CAGUCGUGGCUAAUUAUUAUCAGCCCAAACAUGAUUUGAAUUAACGAGUUCAAAUCACAACUCACUUCAAUUUUCAACAAACUGCCUAUUAAUAUUACCAAUUAUAGUAUCUGUUUUCAGAACUGUUCUCUUUUCAGUUUUUGGGAUCUCAUUAACAGCGGACAGAGUAACUCAGGGAAGAUGACGAUGUUCCACUUCUUGAACUGCGCGAUUUUGACGUUUGGCCCUCACGCCGUCUACUACUCCGCCACUCCCCUAUCCGAGUAUGAUACAAUUGGCACCUCGAUUAAAGCAGCUGUUGUUUACCUUGUAACAGCACUAGUAAAGCUUGUUUGUCUUGCAACAUUUCUCAAUGUAUCGGAAAGUGACAGUUUCGACCCAUAUCAGGAAUUAUUGAAAGCGUUGAUUGGGUUCAUAGAUGUUGCCGGGCUUUAUUUUGCCUUGACACAGUUAACUCAUAGGAAUAUUUCUCAAAAUCACAAAUUCCAAGCUGUCGGACUUGGUUGGGCGUUUGCUGAUUCCGUGCUCCAUAGGCUGGCUCCACUUUGGGUGGGUGCUAGAGGUUUAGAAUUCACUUGGGACUACAUUUUGCAGGGGCUUGAAUCUAAUGCUAAUUUGGUGUUGAGUUUAUCCCUAGCUGCAUUAGGUUCUUUGAUCUGGCUCAGGAAAAACAAGCCCAAAACUUUGAUUCCCAUUAUAUACGCUUGUGCAGGUAUUGUGGCAACAAUGCCAUCUAUUACAAGUUAUCUGAAAGGAGGCUUGGGAUGGCACUUUCCGAAGGUGGUAGGAUUUGAGUUGUUCACUUCUUUAAUAAUGGCUUUCAUUAGCUGGCAGCUUUUUUCCGCAUGCCAGAGGCCAUCUAACUGAAGGAUCAUUAAGAUUAACUAAUAUUAUUGUUUAGUAGCAGCCUCAUUUCUUUCGCGCCUUUUCUUUUCCCUUUGUAAGAGGAGUUCAUUUUGCCUACAUUAGUCCGAUCUUGUAGAAUUUUCAUACAAUUCGGAUUUCCUUUUUUUGCAUCUGUUAAUCUCUGUGUUGUCAUUGUAACUCAAUGAAAUUUUGGAUGGUCAAAAGUGCUGGUUGUUCGUUUGCUAGUUCGUUGACAUGCUGAUUGGAUAUUCCCGGCGCGCUUGUUUACAAAUUAAUUUGCUCAAAA